GUAAACGUUACUGAAAAACAAAAACGUCAUCAUAAAAAAAAAAAAAAAGGCGCUUGGCUCUUUCAUCUUUGUAAUAAAACUUGUGAAAUCUCCAUCAAUGUUUCUAUGUUUUUUUGGUUGUUGUUAAGGGUAUUCAAGAAAGGGUUGAUGUUGUUUUAAUGUUUUGAUUAUUUUUUAUAGCAGUAAAUUUUAUUUUUCAAGUGAAAAAGGAGAGAAAGAAGCAAAGAAGAAGAAUCAUGGGGUGGCUUCCUUGUUGUGGCAAAUCCAAUACCAAAGCUAAUAAGUCUAAGAAGAACAAAAACAUGCAGCAGAUGCCACUUGAUCAAAUCAAACCUACUUCAGCAUUUCCAUCAUCUUCUAUUCGUUUAGACAAAUUGAAAGGAGAUUCCUCAUCGAGUGGGGAGACAUCUAAAAGAGGAGGAGGUGAACAUAUUGCUGCACUGACUUUUUCAUUUCGUGAAUUGGCAACAGCAACUAAAAAUUUUAGAGCAGAAUGCAUUCUGGGAGAAGGAGGUUUUGGUAGAGUGUACAAAGGGCGUUUGGAGAGUACAAAUCAGGUUGUUGCUAUAAAGCAACUUGAUCCUAAUGGGUUGCAGGGGAACAGGGAAUUUCUUGUUGAAGUUUUAAUGCUAAGCCUACUUCACCAUCCUAACCUUGUUAAUCUUACUGGGUACUGUGCUGAUGGAGAUCAAAGGCUUCUGGUUUAUGAAUAUAUGCCCUUAGGAUCUUUGGAAGAUCAUCUACACGACAUUUCAUCUGGUAAGAAAAGACUGGACUGGAAUACAAGAAUGAAAAUAGCUGCUGGGGCUGCCAAAGGAUUGGAGUAUUUACAUGACAAAGCCAGUCCCCCUGUUAUAUACCGAGAUUUGAAAUGCUCCAACAUUUUACUUGGGGAAGGAUAUUUUCCUAAGCUAUCUGAUUUUGGCCUGGCCAAGCUUGGGCCUAUUGGCGAUAACACCCAUGUAUCUACAAGGGUUAUGGGCACCUAUGGAUACUGCGCCCCAGAGUAUGCAAUGACUGGUCAACUUACUUUAAAAUCAGAUGUUUAUAGCUUUGGAGUUGUUCUUCUAGAAAUCAUAACAGGCAGGAAAGCAAUUGACAAUUCAAACGCUGCAGGAGAACAGAAUCUAGUGGCAUGGGCAAGGCCAUUAUUCAAAGACCGAAAAAAAUUUUCUCAAAUGGCUGAUCCAAUGCUCCAAGGUCAGUAUCCUCCGAGGGGUUUAUUCCAAGCUCUUGCAGUGGCAGCAAUGUGUGUUCAAGAGGAGCCAAAUAUGCGGCCGCUCAUUGCUGAUGUAGUCACAGCUUUGACUUACCUUGCUUCUCAAAAAUUUAAACCAGAUACACAUCCAUUAAAGGGUUCCCCCUUGGCCCCUGGUACUCCAGUAAUGGCAGUGGGCAUGAAGGGGAUCGAAUGAAAAGGUUAAGUUGUUACUUGCUUGGAUUCUUCAUGCUCAUUAUGCGGUUCUCCGGGAUCUGCCAACUGUUGAUCGAUGCUGAUAUUGAUGACGUUAUUGUGGAAUCUUUAAAUGAAAAUGAAAUCACAGGGGUAGUAGUUUUAGGCUAAAUGCUACUUGCCUGCAUUAUACAACGUGUCUUUUUUAUCAAAUUUUGCUUAACUCUUACAAAAUAAAGUCACAAUUUUAUCAGCUAUUGUGUUUGUUGUCAGUAGAUAUAUGUAGCUGAUGAUGUAAAUGAAAUUUCAAUCAUGUUUGCAAUGUGAUUGAAUAUGAUAGCAAUGUUGUUAAAUUGCUUUUGCACAUUGACAGUUGUCUUUAAGUACAAUAAAUGAAGUACUGGAUCAGAAUCGCACUUAUCAGAGAAUUUUUAUAAUCAUCAUAUUCAACACUGCUUAAAAAUUUAUUUAUAGAGAUGGCAAAUACUAGUACACAAGUCUUUCACAUUGGCACAAGUACAGCAUAGAUUGGAGAAAAAAAAAA